GCCUAAACACGGUCCACCAAAACGGCAAAACCACAGCCCCAAAACGACGAUGGAAAACACAAUGACGCUAUCCCAAUCUCAUCCAAAUGUCUCUCACCCUCUCUCCUCCCUUCUCCAACCCUUCCCUCUCUUCUCUCUCCUCCCCCACCUCCCGCCACCACCACCGCCGCCGCCGCCUCAUUCUCAAACCACCCAAAUCCUCCUCCUCACAAAUUUCCAUCCCCGCAACCCCACCCGAUCCCUCCCCUCCCCGCCUCCAGAAACCCGGAGUCAUCAUUAUCGGCGCCGGCCUAUCCGGCUUAGCCGCCGCCACCCGGCUCGCCUCCCAAAACAUCCCCUUCCUCCUCCUCGAUGCCUCCGACGCCGUCGGCGGCCGCGUCCGAACCGACACCGUCGACGGCUUCCUCCUCGACCGCGGCUUCCAAAUCUUCAUCACUUCUUACCCCGAAGCCCAAAUGCUCCUGGACUACCAAACCCUAGACCUUCAGAAAUUCUACUCCGGCGCAAGAAUUUUUUACGGUGGGCGCUUCCACACCGUAUCUGACCCCUUACGCCACUUCUUCGAUUCCCUCCGAACCCUAACCAACCCCAUCGGCUCCGUCCUCGACAAGCUCCUCAUCGCGUUGACCAGGAUUAGGGUUUUGACCCGGUCCGAUGAGGAAAUUUUCUCGUCGGACGAGGUUUCCACGGCCGAGUUGCUGAGUCGGAUCGGCUUCUCCGACUUGGCGGUGGAUCGGUUUUUCCGGCCGUUCUUCGGCGGCAUCUUCUUCGACACGGAGCUUGAGACGACAUCGCGGCUGUUCGAUUUCGUGUUCAAGUGCCUCGCCCUGGGCAACAAUACCCUCCCGGCAAAGGGCAUUUCCGCCAUUCCGGAACAAUUGGCGGCGAAAUUGCCCGCCGAGUCGAUUCGGUUGAACUCGAGAGCCGUGUCGGUCGACGUCGAGUCGGGUUCGGCGAGUGUGGGGUUGGAGAGCGGAGAGAGAUUGAGGAGCGAGAUGGGAGUGAUAGUGGCAGUUGAAGAACCGGAAGCGGUUAAGCUUUUGGCGGGAAAGUUCAACCGGAAGCCGGUUCAGAAACCGGCUCGGAGCACGGUUUGCUUGUAUUUCUCUGCGGAGCCGAGUCAAGUCCCGGAUCGGGACCCGAUUUUGUUUCUUAACGGGUCGGGUAAGGGGAUUGUGAACAACAUGUUUUUCGCUACCAAUGUGGCCCCGUCAUACGGCCCGCCCGGGAAGGCUCUGGUGUCAGUUUCGUUGAUCGGGUUGUUAGAGGAUGUGGAAGAUGAGGAUCUGACGGCUGAGGUUGUUCAGGAGCUUUCAGGUUGGUUCGGAGAGUCGAUGGUCGGGUCGUGGAAGCACUUGAGGACUUAUCGGAUAGGGUUUGCACAGCCGAAUCAAAGCCCGCCCACGGAUUUGAUGAAAAACCCGAGGGUCGGGCCGGGUGUGUACUUGUGUGGUGAUUACCAGACCAGUGCUACCUUUGAUGGGGCUUUGGUUUCGGGUAGGAAAGCAGUGGAAGCUUUGUUGAGGGAUAGGACCCUUAUUCAAGUUUGAUUUUGUGUAAUGCAUUGGCUGUGUGCUGUAAAUGUGGUUCUUGAUAUCGGAAAGAAAGUCAGAAAAGUAUAGACUCUUAACUCUC